GUUAUCUUCCAGGAGCAAUCUCAGGCCCAGAGAGAACUAUGGAUGAUGGAGGACAUCCUCGCUGGGUUAAAAGUCAACCGGGACCACUUCCGCUUCCUGCUGGGAUUACAGAAACACCGCAUGUUCGAAUCCUCGGGCCCGCAUCCUGGAUCUCCCGGUUCCCCCACAGAGAUGCCUCGCAGUCUGCCAAUAAUGGAACACGACCUGCCGGUCCGGCCUCCUUUACCCCAGCAGUUACUGCAAAGCGUGCAGAUUCGCGACGAGGACCUCGGCUGGACUGCGGCACCGCCUGAGGUGAUCUACACCGCUGAAAACAUCCACCGAAGAGGCAAACCCGACCUCCUUAACGUGAAAACGCGCAAGGAUGCAUCUGCAUCUCGGUCCGGCACUAAGGGGAUCACGGCGGAUAGAGCGUCCCAAACGAGCAAGAAGGUGAAGAUGAGCGAGGAGGAGCAGAAGGAGAGGAUGAAGAGGAACCAGGAGAGGAUGACGAAUCGGAAGAAGCCUCCCGUCCCCGGUCCAGCCGCCAACACGCAAAGCCAAAGUUCCGAAACGCAAAAGGAGGCCCCCCUCCCUUUGAGGGUGACCCGGGUGGUUACCACCGUGCUGCCGUCUUCCCUCGUGGCCCGGCGGGUUUCCGUGGUGGAUCCCCCGCCCGAGGAGGACGCCCCGCCGCCUGAGCAGGUCUCAUCAGAGGAGCCGAACAAAAAAUCCAGGACAGCCGGGCCGGCUCGAGGCUCAGCGGAGAAGCCUCGGGAGAAUCUCGUUCCGAAGGCGGGGCGACGCGCAUCCGGGUCCUCGGACCUGAGCGCAGCUGUUUCCGCCGAGACCUCGAGGAAGCACGCUUGGGAGACAUCAGCGGGUCAACGAGAGAGACGCAGCUCGGAAAUCGAGGCGGACGAACGGCCUUCUUCCAUCUUGACUGUCGAGGUGGACCCUGACCUCUGCUUGACCCCCGAGCAGCGCGAGGCCAAACUCAGGCGCGUGGAACGAAUACGACAGCGAGUCAUGCAAAGCGCUAUUACGCCAAUCAAGCAGGAGGGGCACUUCUGUGAUACAUCAGGAAAGCAAAGAGCAACAUCAGAGCCUCCCGUCACCGGUCAGCACGUUGACAAUGCAGAGACUCCCAUAAAGUUCCCGAGCAGAACCCAGCACAAAAGUCACAGCCGCAGGGCAGGCGUCGCCACUAAAAUCAAACGCCCGCCUUCGCCGCAUCACGUCGCGUCUCUCAGUUGCGGGGAGAAUGACGAGCGAGAGCUUCACGAACCUGAACGCGAUGACGGGAAUCCUGCGGCUUCCGAUUUGAGAUUAAAGUGGUUCCUCUCCACCAACCACCGCCUUGAAUUCCUGCCGUUGCACAUCUCCGACGCGGACGUCGGCACCGAGGAGACGUCACGCGAGGAGGACCGCCGGCCCGCCUGCUCUGAAGACGGGAGCGACUCCGUCACCAUGUCGUCGGCAGUCAGUCAGAGCUUAGAGAAAAUGAAAGAAAACCACUCGCUGUUCUACAAGAUCGCUUGUGACAUUAGCGUUUCAGACACGGACAUCACCAAGAACGAGAAUUCCCGGGAGGAACCCGUCAUCACCGAAUGUGUGGUCGGAACCGGAUCGGAUCGGGAGAGCCAGGGGUUCAGCCGCAAGUUGCCGUUCGAUGCACAUGCAGAACGAGUGGAUGCUCUCAGGUCGUAUCUUGAAGAAACAGAACAUGGAUCUCGACCUCAAGACGGUCAGGCCUCAGAAUCUGACAGAGAUGGGAACGGCGGGACCAAAAGGAGUUCUGGCCAAGACAGGUGCAAGGUGAACCAAGACGUGGCAGAGGACCGGGAACACUUGAAAACUUCAUCUGGUUCCUUGCAACGGGAGAAACUUGUCGGUCGGAGGGACUCUUACCAAAAGGCAAAAGUAACCGUUUUCAGGACCAGUUUGUAAGACGCAUAACAACUUUAAUAUUCUUACUUGUUAAAAAUAAUUUGUGCGAGUUAGGAAUUGAAGAAAGACAAAAAUAGAAUUAUACUCGGCGUGACACACAUUAUUACAGUACAACUUUUUUUAACAACAGUAGUGCAAAGGUCUUGGGCCAACCUUAGAUUUGUUUUAGCAAUAGCUCCCGUUGUGCCUUGAGAUACGAGCAAAAUUUGUUCUGUGAACAUGCUCAUACCUUAAAGCGCUUAUAUCUCAAAUCGCCUUGCCUUAUUGUAACGGAUGGAAAUGCUACUAAUCUCUUCUAGCCUUCCACAAAAAACAACAAAGAUGUAUAAUCUUUUUUGAAACAACAAGAAUGGCACUCAUUCAUUCACCCAUCCAUUUUCUUUGCCGCUUAUCCUCACGAGGGCCGCAGGAGUUCAGGAGCCAGGCACUUAUUUACUUUCUAAAAUCAUAUCGGAUGAGAGUUAAAUUUAAAAAAAAAAAACACAAUUAAAUCAAUGCAACUCCUUUUAAUGCGCCCGCCUCGGUCACAUGGCGGCAGUUUAAGUCCAGAGGGUACAUAACCUGUUCUUGAACUCUUGAGGUUCUACUGACUUAUUAACAAUUCAUGGAAGCCUACACCAAGUUUGUUUUUGUUUCCGUUUCUUUUCUUUUUUUUUUCUAGAGUAAAAAUACAUGUUUGUAAAAUACCUGCAUUAUACAUGCAAGAUGCACACAAUUUUUUCUUGGCUUACCGAAUCCCUCCGAACGUCAAGUGACAUGAUUGGAUGGAUAACAUAUUUUGGCGUCUGACAAAGCGUGCCAUUGUGUUUUGCAUCCGAAACGUCCUUAUUAAUAAAGAU